AGAUAUGAUAGCUACUGGUUGUGAGGAUAAAAAUGUUCGUGUUUACUACUUGGCAACAAGCUCUGAUCAGCCACUGAAAGUUUUUACAGGUCAUACUGCAAAGGUGUUUCAUGUACGAUGGUCUCCUCUGAGAGAAGGAAUCCUCUGCAGUGGCUCUGAUGAUGGUACUGUUCGAAUAUGGGAUUAUACAAAGGAUGCUUGUAUAAAUGUUCUUAGUGGACAUACAGCUCCAGUACGGGGACUGAUGUGGAAUCCUGAAAUUCCUUACCUUCUCAUAUCUGGCAGUUGGGACUAUUCAAUUCGAGUCUGGGACACACGAGAUGGAACAUGUUUGGACACAGUUUACGAUCAUGGUGCAGAUGUAUAUGGAUUAACAUGUCAUCCUAGUCGUCCAUUUACUAUGGCAUCUUGCUCUCGUGACUCCACUGUGAGACUCUGGUCAUUGACACCUCUUAUAAACCCUCUGCAAAUAAGUAUCUUAGCAGAUAGAUGUUGGGAUGAAAUUAUCGGUAAUAUAGAUCGUGCUGUGGAAUCUGGUGCUCCUCCUUUGCUCUGUGGUAAAGUUUCCAGGGAUAUUAAACAAGAAGUUGAAAAAUUGACAGGAAAUCCUCGAGGAAAAAAACUAAGGUGGUUUUCAGAAUGUUUUUCCCCUCCAGGAGGCAGCAAAAAUUUAUGGGAUUUGGUUGCUGUUAUAAAGGGACAGGAAGACAGCUUGCUUCCACAAAACUACUGCAAAGGAAUUAUGCAUAUGAAACAUCUCAUUAGAUUUAAAAUGUCCAAGGCACAAGAACUGACAACAGUAAAAAUGUCCAAGUUUGGAGGUGGUAUUGGUGCACCAAGCAAAGAGGAGAGGCUUAAAGAAGCUGCGGAAAUACAUUUAAGAUUAGGACAAAUUCAGCGAUAUUGUGAAUUAAUGGUGGAACUUGGAGAGUGGGACAAAGCACUCUCAGUUGCACCUGGUGUAUCUAUGAAAUAUUGGAGGAAGUUAAUGCAAAGGAGAGCUGAUCAGUUAAUUCAGGAAGAAAAUGAUGAUGUCAUCCCAUACUGCAUAGCUAUUGGAGAUGUGAAAAAACUAGUGUCUUUCUUUACUUCAAGAGGCCAGCUUAAAGAGGCUCUUCUUGUUGCACAGGCAGCUUGUGAGGGAAAUAUACAGAUGGCAGCACUCUCCACAACAAGUGGAUCUUCAAAUUCUGGUGGAAACAAUACAGAUGAUUAUAAUGAGCUCCUGCACAAGGUCAGUAAAGAACUGGCAGAAUGGUAUUUCCAGGAUGGCCAUGCAGUGCUUGCAGCAUGUUGCCAUCUGGCUGUUGAAAAUAUAGAGCUUGCGAUGGCAAACCUGAUUCGUGGAAAUGAACUGGAGUUGGCAAUCAGUGUGGGUACUGUCUUAGGAGAAAGUGCAGCACAAGCAACACAUUAUGCCCUAGAAUUACUAGCAAGAAAAUGUAUGACAGUAACAACAUGCUUUCCAUCACUUGGAUACAGGGAUUUAGCAGCUGAUCUUCUUAUGAUGAUUCCCGAUAAUAAACUCCAGUUAGUGAAACUAUGUGCUUUUUAUCCUGGAUGCGUAGCAGAAAUAAAUGAGCUGCAUGAAAAGUGUAAUUUUCCUGAUGUAGAAGAAUGUAUGCGGUUGGCAGAGACAGUUCAGGCAGAUGGGGAUAUAUUCGAAACUAUAAAGUACUAUCUGUUAAGCACAGAACCUGAAAAGGCUCUCCCUAUUGGCAUUCAGUAUGUGAAAGAACAACUUUGUGGCUCAGAUUGGACUUUAGAUUCAGUCUGUCCGUAUCUUGAUCUUCUAAGUUACAUACGCACUGAACGAUUAGUGUUGCAUAAAUGUAGUGAAUUUCGGAAUGAGUUGCUGAUUUUGUGCGGCUACGUUGGUGCUUUACUUGCUAUCAGAAGACAGUACAAUAGCAUUGUACCUGCACUUUAUGAAUAUACAAGUCAGCUUUUAAAAAGACGUGAAGUAUCUGUACCUUUGAAAAUUGAACAGCUUUCUGAGGAACUAGAUGCAUGGAGAGCUUGUACUCAAUUAAACAAGCCUACCGAUGAAUUGCCAUGCAGCUCGCCAUCUGAAAUGCAGAGAACGGUGUAUUCAACACUCGUAUCACGAAUACAAGAGGAGCCUCUGAAAGGAAUGGUUGGGCCAGACUAUGUCACUGGAUCAAAUCUUCCUAGUCAUUCAGAUGUUCAUAUUUCUUGUUUGACAGGGCUAAGGAUACAGGGUCCAGUGUUCUUCCUUGAAGAUGGAAAAUCUGCUAUUUCACUGAAUGAUGCUUUGAUGUGGGCCAAAGUGAAUCCUUUUUCGCCACUAGGAACAGGCAUAAGACUUAACCCAUUUUGA